AUGGAGCCUUUCAAACUUUGUCUACCAAAUGGCGCCAUCAUAUCCGGCCGCUAUAACUUUCCCCCAAGAGAUUCCAAAUCAGCUCAGAUACGGCCACUCAUUGUGUGCAUCCCCGGUGGCAGCUAUGACUCUCGGUAUUUUGACGUCCAAGGCGCUCAAUCCAUAUGCAACUUGUCAAGUUGUUUGAAAAUUCCGGUCAUCGCAAUAGAUCGACCUGGCUACGGAGCGAGUACGCUAGCCCCCGACGUUGAAAAUGCACCGACCUACGCGCAAGGACAAGGGAUAUACCUCAAUUCAGUGGUCUUUCCUGCGUUGUGGCAAACCUUUGCAGAUCGUGCAGAAGCAUCAGGGAUAGUGCUGCUAUCACAUUCGAUCGGCGCUAUGAUUGCAACGAUUGCUGCUGGAUCUUACACCGGCUUGGAGGAUUAUCCGCUGGCAGGCAUCAUAACAUCUGGUAUUGGCAGCGAGCUUGUGGAAGGUCAUAGGCAAGGCAUGUUACAUCUAUUGGAUGAACCAGCUGAGUUUGUUCAGUUUGAGGCAACGCCAAAAGACGCCAUCAUGUUGCAACUCCCUCAUAUGAAUCUCGCGCCCUUAGAGAUGCGUCAAUUCACCGAGCAGUUGAACCAACCGGUCCCUCAAGGCGAGCUACGGGACAUUAACACGACCUGGCUUGGCUACUGGAAGGACUAUUCAAGUAAUGUCAAGGUUCCGUUGCUAUAUGGAUUGGGCGAAUUCGACGGCCUCUGGAAUUGUUCUGCGGAGACAUUGGCAGUGUAUAAGGCUGCCUUCCCAAAAAGUCCGACCAUAACAUGCGAAAUCAUCCCCAUGGCCCCACACUGCAUGGAGUUGAGCUUUCAAAGCCAGGCCUGGUAUUUGAAAUGCUUCGCUUUCGCUAUUGAGUGUAUCGUGACGAAAUCAAUACGUGAUAUUGCCGGCCCGAACGAAAGUGGCUUAGCGCACUUCAUGGAAUAG